ACCAAGAAAUUCCAGCCGACAUGCUUCUUCUUUCCAGUUCUGAGAUGGAACAGGGUGUCGCUUAUGUCGAAACCAGUUCUCUAGAUGGCGAAUCCAACCUCAAAUCGAAGACCAGCAUUCCCGAUACCAAGCAAGACCGCACCUUAGAGGCUGUCGCCAAGCUCGCAGGGAUGCAAAUCACUUGUGAAGCACCAAACGCGCACUUGGAUAGGUUUUAUGGGAAUUGCAGAACUGUUGGAACGUUGCAUCCAAUUCCUGUGGACAUGAAGAAUUUGUUGGUGCGUGGAACGAGUUUGAGGAAUACGGAUUUCGCAUUUGCAGCAGU